AUGUUUCUAGAUCAGUGUAAUGGUCAACAAUCGGACGACGACACAGUCUUUAUCACGUCUUUAUCACCAGCUCAACGUCUUUAUCACCAGGCACACGUCUUUAUCACGAAGGAAAUUGCUUUGCCAUCACUGCAAGUUGUUGCUGUUGCAAGUGGAACAAGAGAAAGAGGGAGAAUAUGUGAUAAGCAGCAGCUGCAACCCUGCUACUUACCAACUGAUGCUGCUGCUGAGUUGAUGGAUUGGCGGCUGCAGAAGGGAUCUCACUCCAGCUCUACCUGCCAAGCCACUAUGGAAGAAGUUCAGUUUGUGUCGCAAGGAAAUGACAGAGGAGGCUUCAACAAUUACAGCAAUUGGAGGCCACAGCAGAACAACUGGACUACUCAGUUGUCAAGCUACCAGAGAUCAGCUCAACCACCAGGAUUUCAAAUUCAACCAUUCAGAGUCAAGGAGGAAGAUUGGAUCAAGGUUGGUAAUGUCCUUACUAGUCUUGAUGCAACUGUGAAAGAUAUGCAAAAUCAGGAGCAGCCGUCCAGAGAAGAGCGAGAUGCCCACAGAUACAUCAUCCAGAACAUAGCCACAUUUGGGCUGUUGGUGAACCAAGUAGCGGCAAAUUUCUUUCGGAGAAACUGGGAAAGACAGGCAAUUGUUGGAGCGAGCAAUCUCAGAGGAGACCCAAGGGAUGAAAUCACUGUAAGAGGACAAGUAGUCAACAUCAGCAUAGAAGCGAUCAAGGAGGUGCUCCAUCUACCAGAAGCAGAUUUCAACUAUGAGGAUGGAGCUUAUAAAGCGAUGGACGAUCCUCCAGAAGAUGAAUUGCCAUAUGUACUAUGCUCAAGAUCUGCAGAGCUAAAGUGGUCAAAACGCAAUGGCUUACUCAAGUACUUUCCAGCUUCAGAUCUGAAACCGGAAUAUAGGCAGUGGUACAACAUGAUAUGCACCACAUAA